AUGUCACUUAGAAUCUCAUUGAUUCUUUUGUUUGUGAGUUAUGUGGCGGGCCUUUCUCCUUUCGAGUCAGAUGACUUUCCCUUCGAAGAAGAGCUGGAAGACCUCGAAGGUCUUGCCUGGACAGAAGUCGAAGACAAAAAUAUCGACGGUGAUAAUGAAACGUCUGUACCUGCUUACAAAUCAGCUGAGUUCAAGCACUAUUUACCAGUAUUGAAAUUACCAGAGUCCCUGCGGAUCCCUGCGUCACUGGUACAGAAGGGACUCUUUAGACCUGAACCUGGUACUCAGCCAGUGCCUUCCGCAGUGAAACGAAUUCUUCUGCCACUACGCAUUACCUCCGUCAAACCAAACGUUGAUAAAAGAGUGGAGGUUUUGUGCCAUCUAGACCGUAUUUACGUGAGGGUUUUGAGGAGUAUGUUUUCAAACCGCCUUGCAUGGAAAUACUUAAAAUUUGGCUCGUGUCCUGUCAAUCAGGCUACAUCCAAGCAUUAUUAUUUCCUGCAUUACCUCAAGGGCUGCUCUUUACAGCGUCAGGAAAGUGCAGACCGUGUGAUUUUCUCCAACACUGUCUACUACAGGCCUCCAGCUCCAAAAGGGCCAGUAGCCAGGGAGCUGCCAUUUUCUGUUGCAGUUCAGUGUCGUUACAAUAAAUUUUUUCGAUCGUACAAGAUUGGCUUCUUUCCCAGACUGCAAGGCGGCACGGUGCACAAAAUCCUCAAUUCUGAUUCUACAAUCAGGCUGUCUGCAUACGAUGCGUCCUGGAAGCCUCUACAACAUGGUCAUGGGUAUUCCAUUGGCCAGCCCAUGUACUUUGAGGUCAAGACCGGAGCCCCCAGGCAUGGGGGGAAGAUUUAUGUCAACAACUGUCACAUCAGUGCUUCACAACACCCUGAAUCAACAGAUAAAUACCCUGUGGUUGAGAAAGCUGGCUGCAUGGUGGACAGUAAGGCCUCUUCUGCAUCCAAGUUCAUCAGCCACACUGAGACUAGCGUGAAAUUCUCUGUUGGAGCCUUUGUGCCUAAGGAAAUGAUAGGCCAAGCACGGAAGGUCCUCUACUUGCAUUGUGAGGUGACUGUGGGGCCGGCCGAACCAUCCUUCGCCUACAAAUCCUGUACGUUUGACUGGAAUACCAGGACUUGCCCCGGAGACAUGAAAGGUUAG